GGGUUGCAUUAUAAACCGUUUCGCCUCCCCCCAAAACGACUCUCCCUCUCUUUUCUCUCCGGAACCUCCCGGGAACCCUCUACCCCGCUCGCCUCCGACGCUUGCGCACCGACCCGACGAGAUCGCGGCACCGCGCUCGCCCGCCCGCCUCUCGCCCGCUUCCUGGGCUUGCCCACGCUUCGCCUCGCGCGCACCGCGCUUCAAUAGCGACGAGCGGUGCCGACCUCUCACCUUGGUCUUGUCUCGCGCUCGUUCGUGAGUCACAUCCUCUCUGUCCGCUGCCGUCGUUGCUCAAGAUGGAUGCAGAUCUUAUUGCAGAGCAGGCAACUCCUUCAGGUCAUUUAAAUCGCAUUGUCUUUGACUUGAUGACAAAUGGUGAAAUAGAGAAGCUAUGUAAUGUUGGCAUUAUGGAGGUUAAUGAUGUGACUAGCUCAAAGUUAGGCUUGCCAAAUGCAUCCUCUCAGUGUGAAACAUGUGGUUCCAGAUACAUCAGGGACUGUGAUGGACAUUCUGGCUUUUUGAAAUUACCAAAAGUGAUUUAUCAUCCCUAUUUCGUGACUGAAGUUGUUCAUAUUUUGAAUCAUAUCUGUCCUGGAUGCAAGUGUGUUAAAAAAGAUCUACAAAUGAAGGGAUCUUUUAUCUUAGAAGCUACUGAGGAAGACAUAAAAGCAGGCAUUUACUUCCUAGAGGCAUUCAAUAAGAAUCUUACUGCCCUUCAGAGGAAGUUGCUGAAGACUGUAAAUAAUUCCAAAGUUGGUUUCAUUAAAUUGAAGUGUUCUAAGCUUAACAAGAAUUGGUCAGCAAAAGAUGCUCCAGUGGUUUGCAAAUACUGUACUCGGAAUGAAGAUGGAUGGUAUCCGUCUGUGAAGUUUAAGAUCUCAUCAAAGGACAUACUAGGUAGGAAAAGUCUUUCAAUAGUAGCAGAAGUUAAUGAAAAGCUGCCAAAUAAGUUUCAUGGUCGUAGUCUCAAUGAAAUUCUUCCAGAAGACUUUUGGAAUUUCAUUCCAAAUAUUUCUUUGCAGCAAGGGUCGAAGCCAAGCAAGAUUGAUCUUACACCAUAUCAGACAUUUUGCUUGCUGAAGACACUUGAUCCAGAAUUUGUUCACCAGUUUGUUUCAAGGCGGGAGCUAUUAUUUCUCUCCUAUAUUCCGAUUACUCCUAAUUGUCAUAGAGUGGUGGAAGCAUCACAUAGCUCUGCUGAUGAUCCGAAAUUAUAUUUUGAUGAACGCACCAAGGCUUAUAAAAAAUUGGUUGAUUUAAGCAAGAAAGUUGUUGACUUCAGGAAACUUGAGCAGUUUGGACAUAUUGCUGCUUCAUACACGGCAAGCCGCGUUCUUGACUGCUGGAAUGUGUCUAAGUUCCGUGCUCCUAAUCCUUCAAAUGAAGAUUCUAAAAGUACAUCUGGAUUAAGAUGGAUGAAAGAUGUUGUUCUAAGCAAAAGAUCAGAUAAUGCAUUCCGUCUAACUAUGGUUGGUGAUCCUAAGAUAAGCACAAACGAAAUUGGCAUUCCACAUUGUAUGUCCAGAAAGUUAACUGUUCCUGAGCAUGUAAAUGCUUACAAUAUUGAAAAGCUGAACAUGGUUUGCAAUCUUCGUCUACUUGCAUAUAUGUGCUACACACUUCCAGGGGAAGGAUUUUUAGUCAAAAGCAAAGGGAAAUUAACUUCUAUAAAAAAAACCAACCAACUUCAGGUUGGUGAUAUGCUAUAUAGACCUUUGGACAAUGGGGACAUUGUACUUGUCAACAGACCCCCUUCGGUUCAUCAACAUUCUCUUAUUGCUUUGUCAGUGCGGAUUCUUCCUAUUGAAUCUGUUGUUUCAAUAAACCCACUGUGUUGUUCUCCACUAUUAGGGGAUUUUGAUGGGGAUUGUUUACAUGGUUAUGUACCACAAUCCAUUGGCUGCAGAACAGAACUUAAGGAACUGCUUAGCUUAGACCACCAGUUAUUUAAUGCACAGGAUGGAAGAAGCUUACUUUCCUUGACACAUGAUAGCCUCACUGCUGCAUAUUUGCUGACAACAAAACAGGAAUUUUUUACCAAAUUUGAUAUGCAGCAGUUAGCAAUGCUUUGUUCUUUUCCAGUGCCACCUCCUGCAAUUGUCAAGGCUCCAGAAUUUCUGACUUCUCUCUGGACUGGAGAACAAUUAUUUGGCAUGCUUCUUCCUCCAACUAUGGAUUUUUGUAACAAAAAUAUUAUGAUAAGUAAGGGUGAGGUCAUGUCCUGUUGUGGAUUAUCUUUUUGGCUGAAGAAUAGUACAUCUGGUUUGAUUACAAUCUUGUUCAAACUUUAUGGUAAAAAAGCCCUUGAUUACCUCUAUGAUGCUGAUCAACUUCUCUGUGAAUAUUUGACAAGAAGAGGCUUAAGUGUUUCCUUAAGUGAUAUUUACCUGUCUUCAGAUUUAUCCUCACGAAGGAAAAUGAUGGAUGAGGUGUCAUUUGGAUUAGAAGAAGCUGAAGAUGCUUGCUGGAUUAAACAGCUAAUUAUGGAACCAAAGAUGAAUGAGGCACUACGGUGUCAUAAUAACAAUGAAGAUUCAUUAGGUUCUAUGAGUCAAUACAAACUUGCUUCCAAAAGAUGUGCUAGACAGACUUCUGUUUCUGCUUUUAAGGAUGUCUACCAAGAGCUUCUAAGUGCAAUCCGUCAAUUUAUCAGCAAGGAUAACUCAAUGUUGGCAAUGGUAGAUGCUGGAAGCAAGGGAAGCUUGCCAAAAUUAAUUCAACAGGGUGCAUGUCUGGGACUUCAACUUUCUCCGUGCCCACUGCCUUUUAGAGUUCCUCGUAAACUUAACUGUGAUUUGUGGAACAUGCAAAAGUCAGAUGAUUCUGCAGUGUCAAAUGCAGUCGAAAUUUCGUGCCAGCAAAGUUUUUAUGCUGUUGUUGGUACUUCUUUUCUUGAUGGUUUAAACCCAUUGGAAUCUUUGAUGCAUGCGAUAUCUGGCCGUGCUAAUCUCUUUUCUGAGAAUGCAGAAAUUCCAGGAACUUUGACUAGAAAGCUUAUGUUUUACAUGCGCGACCUUUAUGUUGCUUAUGAUGGAACAGUUAGAAAUCCAUAUGGUCAGCAAAUUGUUGAGUUCUCAUACGACACAUCACAGGGUUCAAUUGAAGGCAAUAUUUUUAAUGGUACAUGUGAGAAAAAAGAUGUUGAAUGUCCUGGACUAGGCGGUCACCCUAUUGGAUCAUGGGUUGCUUGCACUAUUUCUGAGGCUGCAUAUGGAGCCCUUGACGUUCCAACGAAUAGCAUUGAAAAUUCUACACUUUUGAAAUUUAAGAGAGUGUUGGAAUGCAACAAGACUAAUUCAUCUGUCAAACAAGUUGCCUUACUUUUUCUUUCAAAGCGACUACAAGACUGGAGAUAUGGUUUUGAAUAUGGUGCCAUAGAAGUAAAGAAUCAUUUGGAGAGAGUUUUCUUUUAUGAUUUGGUUGACACUGUCAUGAUAUAUUAUAAUGGCCAUGAUGUUCAAGGAACAAAUCUCAGUCCAUGGAUUGUGCAUUUUCAUUUGAGCAAGGAUAAGAUGACAAGGAAAAGUAUAAGUUUGCAGUCUGUCAGUAAGGAGCUUAGAAAGUGUUAUGACUCAGAAAAGAAAAGGAUAGACAUUACACUUCCAAGAUUACAUUUUCUAAGCAAGAAUUGUACAGCAGUAAAUAAGCAAAAGGAACAUGAUGCAACUUUUUGUAUUACAGUUGGUGUUGAAACUUCAGGGUCACAAAUAGAGGUGGAUACAGUAAGAGAUGGAGUGGUUCCAUUUCUUCUUGCAACACUCGUUAAAGGGUUUUCUGCUUCUGAGAAGGUUGAAAUUUUGUGUGAUUCUUUUCCUGGUUUUGGUGCUGAACUCUUUCUGAAAGUAACAAUGUCAAAAAGAUCUUCACCUGGAACUUUCUGGAGUACCCUUCAGAGUGCCUGUGUACCAAUAAUGGACCUGAUUGAUUGGGAACGCAGUUAUCCUGAUGAUACUUUCAACGUUUUUAGCACAUAUGGAAUAGACGCUGCAUGGCAAUACUUUGUAAAAUCCUUGACGUCAAUAACAACUGAGAUAGGAAGGAAUAUACUCAAGGAACACUUAAUUAUUACUGCUGAUUGUCUAUCAGUGACUGGAGAGUUCCAUGGACUAAAUACCAGAGGACUCAAACGGCAAAGGGAUGACAUGUUAAUCUCAUCUCCUUUUAGUCAAGCAUGCUUAUCUAAACCUGUAAGUUUCUUUGUGAAUGCUGCUAAGCAAGGCUCUGCUGAUGGUUUACAUGGUACUCUGGAUGCGAUGGCUUGGGGUAAGGAGGUCCCUGUUGGAACUGGUGGACCUUUUGAUUGCAUAUACUCUGGAAAGGUUCCUAACAUAUAUGGAAGACAAAAUAUAUAUGAAAAGCUGCAUAACCUCAAACCUGAACUGCAGUGGGGUGGCUGUAAAAUUGACAUGGAGUGUAAUGAAUCCACACCUUCCCAGUGGAAGUUGCAGCUUAAGCAGUCUAGCACAUUCCGUGGUACCAUAGAUUCAACUGACCUAUCAGCUUCAGAUGAAGACUACAUAGAGAAAAGGUUUCUAGAUAGAACUGCAAGUAAUAACUGGAAAGUUCACUAUAGGUGGCUAGAAAAGUCAACCAAUGGUUAUCUGAAAGGCACCCAAAAUUUAGGGUUUCUAUAUAAGCCUUCAGAUUGUUCUGUUUCAUGGACCUAUGUUGUGGACAUGGGAACUUCAUUAAGAGAGAUACUACACAAGUACCCAAUUGAUGGAUAUCUAGAUGAGAAAGAUAAAUCAUCAUUAAUGGAAGCUUUGCAAUAUCAUCCCAAAAGUGCUGAAAAAAUAGGAAGUGGAAUAAGAGAAAUCAAGGUUGGGCAUAGUACUUUGCAUCCAGGUACCAGAUGUUUUAUUCUUCUAAGGUUGGAUGGUACAUUGGAAGAUUUCUCAUAUCGCAAAUGCGUUGUAGAAGCUGCUAAUUUAAUUUCACCAGAGUUUGGCUCACUUGUCCUCAGUCUGAUCUGAGAGUACAGAAGAUGUCUGUAGUUUACUUGAAUGAGAAUUAGGCUGUGAAUUUGAAAAGUAGAUAACUAACAUCUGAUCAAGUUUGGGAAGCUUUACAUGGAAGGUCUUAUCUUUUGCGUUAUCAUGAUGUAUAUCCAAGUUUUAUGGAGAAGACGAUUAGCUUUUUCAGAGGCUUGAGGAGACACUAAAGUGACACCUCAUUUUCCUUUACUGAUUAUUGUUCAUACGAAAAUAGCAAUUUGUAUAUAUAUCAAUUUUGGUCUCUAAUUUGUGGAUGCAAAUACAAUUUAUGCUAGUGCAUGAUGUAAAUGGGUUAGUCAAUUGGACUAACCAUUUAGUGGGGAUGUUGACCCAAUUGCUCUCUUGCUACAUGUUGAUGUUUCAUGUGCCCCAAUUGGAGCCAGCAAGAAAGUCUUGAACAGUCGAUUGAAAAUUC